AUAUAAGAGAGCUUCCUCCUUCAUCAAUCAUCCACCCACACCUUCUCCGAAUGAAUUACUCCGCCACCGCCAUGGAAGCAGUAGCACAGCCACAGCCCCAUGUUGCGAUGUUCGCGGCCACAGGGAAGGGCCACCUCUUCCCGCUCAUCGAGCUAGCCCGCAAGCUCCUCCGAUGCCAAAGCUUCGCCGUCACCGUCAUCAUCCCCGACGACGGCUCCUCCCUGGAACCCCAGAAGGACCUCCUCCGUACAGUUCCAGGCACCAAUCUCGCCCUGCUACCUCCCGUCAGCCUCGACGACAUUCCUCCCACUGCACCCAUCGAAAUCCCCAUCAUCCUCAGCGUCACCCGCUCCAUUCCCGCCCUCCGCCGCGUCCUCGCCGACCUCCAGUCGUCGGUGCACCUCACGGCGUUUAUCGCCGACGUCUUCGGAGUCCAUGCCUUUCCGAUGGUAAAGGAAUUGGGAAUUCAGAUCUACCUGUUCCAGCCCAGCCCUGCAAUGAUGAUGUCCCUGGUUCUGCACUUGCCCCAGCUCGACCAGUCGUGCACGUGUCAGUUCAGGGACCUUCCCGAGCCGGUGAAGCUGCCGGGGUGCGUGCCCGUUAACGGGUCGGACUUAUUUGACCCGAUUCAGGAUAGGCAGAGCGAGGUCUACAAAUCGGUGCUUGAGAUGUUCGGCCAUUUCAAGGAAGCCGAUGGGGUUUUGAUCAACAGCUUUCCGGCCAUGGAAGAGGAUACUUUCAAGGCAUUGGAGGAAGCUUGUGAAUCCGGCGGUUUUCCGCCGGUUUACCCGAUCGGACCGGUGAUCCGGUCAGGUUCGGAGAAUUGUAAUAGCAAGGAGGAAUGCCUGAAAUGGCUGGAUGAACAGCCCGACAGGUCGGUGUUAUUUGUGUCGUUUGGGAGCGGGGGGACGCUGUCGAGUUUGCAGAUGAAGGAACUGGCCGCCGGACUGGAGGGGAGCGGGCAGAGAUUUCUUCUGGUGGCGAGAAGGCCCAACGAUCUUGUUCGGACCGGAGCGUAUUUCUCCGGCAAGGGGGAAAUGGAUCCCGGCGUAUAUUUUCCGGCGUCUUUCAUGGAGAAGGUGAAGGCCGGGAAGGGGUUCGUGGUGACGAAUUGGGUUCCUCAGGUGGAGGUGCUCCGGCACGCGGCGGUGGGAGGGUUUCUGACGCACUGUGGGUGGAACUCGGCGCUGGAGAGCGUGGUGCACGGCGGCGUGCCGCUGAUUGCGUGGCCGCUGUUUGCGGAGCAGAAGAUGAACGCGGUGCUGCUGAGCGAAGGGCUGCGCGUGGCGGUGAGGGUGAGGGAGGGCGAGGACGGCGUUGUGGACGGCGAUCAGAUAGCGAAGCUGGUGAGAAAAGUGGUGGAAGGGGCGGAGGGCGCGGAGCUGCGGCGGAGGGCGAGAGAACUCAAGGAAGCUGCCGGCGCGGCCAUGGGAGAAGACGGGUCGUGCAAUAAAGCUGUUGCUGAUUUGGCUCGAAAAGUUAGUGGGAAAAAGUAAUUGUCACGUAAUGCUGCUAUACUUACUAUUUUUAAAUUAAUGGAGUAAUAAAUUGGCCA